AUGGUUUUUUCAGUUCUAUGUCCAGUAACAGAAGGGGGUCAGGGACAGGUCACGUGACAAAGACUUAUAUAUCGGCACGUUGUGGGCAGUGUGUGGACCACACAGACUUGGCGGGACAAUCGGUUUCUGUACGUCAAAGCCCCAUUGUCCGGAGACUAGAGACCAACAUGCACGUGCUCCAAGUGACCUUGACCUGCUGGCUGGUGUGUUGUGGGCCUGGCUUCCCCCCGGCCACUGAGGCCACGCGCGUGAGCCCGCUCAUCUCAGGGGAGACGACUUUCUCACAGAACUUGUACGGAAAACUUCGCCAGAGCCACGACAAUCUCAUCUACUCACCUUAUAGGUGACGGAGCAAGGAUCCACGGCGUCCGCUGCCACUGCCGUUGCCAUGGUGAGGUUCUCCGCUGUGGAAGUGUUGGGCCCGGAGGAGGAGCCUGUCGUGUUCCGGGCGGACAGACCCUUCCUCUUCCUGCUCCGUGACCUCAACAACGGGGGCAUCUUGUUCCAGGGCAAGUUCUCUGGUCCCGCCUGAAGAUAACCACAGGGGUGGGCGUGACGUCACGUGGCGGGACUCCACAACAAACUAUCGUCGGCGUCACAAACAAUCCACCUAACUCCAUUUGUUGUUACUUUUUACAUCAGAGACAAAAGAACUCGUCUUUGCUGUGCUGUUUCUGCCAAAGGUCAUGAAAAAGAAGACAAACUGAAAGCCUUGACCAUAGCCUCAAUCUGCGUCCUGGUCAUGUUGGAAGAAAGAGUUUCGAGAAGGUGGAACAAUAAAAAAUUCUCAAAACUUGUCGUAAAGUGGAUCGUUGUGAGAGCGCGAUAUGAACUAUCUACAGAGAUAGAAAAUGUAAAAAUAAACAUCAAACUUCUCG